UGUUGCUGCACAUGUGGCUCUCCGACCAAACAAUGUCUCUUUCAUCGUGUACAAACUAGCGCAGACAAGAUUUAUUGACAAGAAUCAUGAAUAUCUCCGGUAGUCAAUCUAUUUCCAUCUGAGAAUCGAUGUGAGCAAGAAUUUUGAGAUAUGUUGGGUUAAUCCUGCUGCUAUACCUCUUUAAUUACCAAGCACAAGCAAUCAUUCACCAGGAAGUAUAGCCUAAUGGCUUCCGACCUUAGCGGAUAAGAGUAGUAUCAUCUUAUAGGGCUCCAUGGUAUCAGAGACCUACGAUUUUUCAAACCCUAGCAAACAUGUCGACUUCCGCAGCCACGUCGAUUACCGCAGCCACCUCCACGGUGCCCGUCUCGACGGCGCAGCCAACCUCCAGCGGUACUGAGUACCGCAAUAUGGUAGGUGCAUUACCAUACUUGACUGUUACUCGACCUGAUAUUACUUAUGCCGUACAUUUGGUUUCCCAAUUUAUGCAUGCUUCAAGUACUACUCACCUUGCUGCUAUCAAGAGAAUUUACAGAUAUUUGCAGGGAACCAUGUCACACGGCCUCUGGCUUCGAACCGGACAAAGCAUUUCUGUAAUUGUGGCGUAUUCAGAUGCUGAUUGGGCCAGAUGUCCAGAUUCGUGUCGCUCCACUACGGGCUACGCCAUGUUCAUUGGAGGUAAUCCUGUCUCGUGGAGAUCCAAAAAUCAGCCCACCGAAUCCAAAUCUUCUACAGAGACCGAAUACAGAGCAUUUGCAUAUACAGUCCAGGACACAUUGUUUAUUCAGUCAUUGCUCGUCGAUAUGGGUAUACAGAUCACCGCACCAGUUCAGCUUUUUUGUGACAAUGUGUCAACCUCUUACCUUGCAGUUAAUCCUAUUCAACAUGACCGCAACAAGCACAUCAAGAUUGAUUACCAUUUUGUUCGGGAACGUGUUGCACAUGGGGACUUGGUCGUGAAAUAAGUUCCUACUCAGUACCAGUUUGCUGACAUUUUAACUAAGAAUUUAUCUAGUCAGUGUUUUGAGUUUUUACUUUCCAAUCUGCACGUGUUUUCCCAUGCACAGAUUGAGGGAGUGUAAUAGUGUAAUUAUAAGGACUUGUGUGUAAUUACUCUUAAUAUUAUUAUUAUAAAUACAAUGCUAGGGCUCCCUGACGGGUUAAGCCAUUAUUCCACAAUUAUUCUCUCACAGCCUCUCCUCCAUCCCAACAUCCCAAUAUUUGGAUGCCAAUGUGUCAACGACUACUCCCCUCUCUCGCGCAUUAUUCUAGCCUCGGUUGGGAGAGGGGAGGAAUUGCAGCGGCGUACAGGGCUGUGGCCAAGAAUUUGUCUCAAGGUGCCGUGGCUAACCUUCAAAUGGCAUUCCCUUAGAUGCACUGGUGCAGCUGCGUACUAGUUCACUUCCAUGGCCCUUCAGAUGCACACCCUCGGUAUUAAGAUCCAAAAAGAUAUUGAUUGUAGCCACAUGAACAUCCACAUCAUGUAUUUACGAGAUAACCGGUUGGUGGUAGAGUCCGCUUGAUAGCACUAAAAUCGGCUGAAUUGAUUGAUUCUGCUGAAAUUAAUGAAGUUGUGGCUGAAGAGCUGAUUCUGCU